AUCGAUAUUUCCCCAUCUUAAAAUCUUAGCCUUCCUAUCUUUUUAUAACCACAGCAAUAGGAACGAUAAUUAUGAGGAAAUCCAUGAUUCUCAGGUCUAGAGACGGAUAAGUGUUUGUCUCUGUAACAAAGAAGGGUUAAGAAGGCUGAGAAUUUUUAGAAAACUGGGUUUCUCUCCAUAAAUCAAUAUGAUGAAGCUUUGCUUGAUGGCUUCUCAUGGGUACCCUCAGGGCCCAGGGCUUGUUUUACACCAAGAGCAAGGCUUUAGGAUCAAGGAGGGUGGAUCCUUCUUUACAAGUCAGAUAGUAAACCAAGACAUGGUACAGAUAGGCUCCUUUGAUCUGAGGAGAAACCAAUUCCAGGAACUGCCAAAACCAGUUACUGCACUGUGUGAGCCUAAACUGUUUAUCGAUGUUGAUCCUACGGCACAAAAGCCUGUGAUAAUCAAUAAACCAGAUGCUUACCAAGACACGGAACUGCUUGGAUUUGGGAUAGCUGAAAAGUGCAGGAGACAUGAAAAAAUCUUGAAGUUUCUUAUGUCUGGAUCAAAUGAAUUAGAGAAAGGGGAACUUGAUUUAUCUUUGCUAUCUGAUUUGAUGGGACUUCAACCGGUGAUUUUUGGCAUGCAUCAACAGCCUUUUGAUUCUUAUCUAAUACAUCCAAUUAGCAAACUUGAUCCCCAGAUGCCUCUCCCAGACUUUUUUGGAGAAAUAGUGCACAAUUCGAAGGUUACAGUUAACCCAGAUGGUCAAGUUGUGCUUACAGCUUGUGGGACUGAGAUGAAAGACAUCCUUUCAUUCAUUUCUGAAUUUUACUUAUCAAGCAACUCAACUAAGUGGAGAAAGCAAUCGCAAGUGGUCCCAUACUUCGAUAGGAAACGGAUCAUGAAAGCACGUGCUGGUACUAACCUGUCUUCUCCACAGGGUGAAGUUGCAAGCAUUGCACCUCUGAAGAGUCUUGAGAAAAUCAAGGUGAAGCCAUCAUCAAAGAAGACCUCCAAGAAGUUAGGUGGGGAGAGAGAUCUGUACAAGAAGAACUAUUUCCAUGCAUGUGAAUGCCUUCUUUCCUUGAUGGUUGAUAGGAGACAGCAUGGCAGAACAGCAAUUCUUUCCCUUAAGAAAUCCGGUCCUGAACUCCCUCAGCUCUUGACCCAAUUCUCUGCCAGCAUUGCUGGGACUGGUCUCGCUGUUCUUUUCUCUGUUAUUUGUAAGGUAGCUUGUGGGGGAGUUCCAUUUGGUACAUCUAAACUAUUUAGCACUGGCCUCGCCUUCGGGCUAGUUUGGUUCUCACAGGCAGUUAACCGACUGAGGGACACAGUCGUACAUAUCAGCAAGAAUAAUAGCAAGCUGGAUCUGAAGGAAGAGGAGAUGAUUAAGAGAGUGGAGAAAAGUGUUAAUCAAAUCUAUUUCAGAGCUGCGACGGUGAUGGCUGUAGCAGUGCUGAGGUUUGUAUGAACUUUGGCUUCUAGAGCUGCGGCAUUGAUCUUGGACUUCAAUAUCUGAAGAACAGAGGCGGUUGGGGGGCAACAAUAGAAACUCUGGCUUCUGUGCUAUCCAUUGUGGUCUUAUGAUGGCCUUGAGAACGUAUGAGAAGGAUCUAAUCUCUGCAGCUUAUGUAUAGAAAUCGAUUAAGUUGUAAAUGGAGAGGUCAGUGCCAAAGAGGAGGGUUAGUAGUACUACUGUCUUAGGGGCAAAAAGAACCAUAACUUCCGUGUUAAUUUAACUACAAUUUUGUCUCUGUACU